GUUAAUGUGACUUGGUGUCACUGCUUCAAGUGCGAGCAAAAUAAAUCAAAUUUGCAACGUCUGAGUGUGUGCGCGAGAGUGUAGAGUGCAAAAUGAUUUUUAUACUACUAAAUAAAUAACAAUGUGAUAACGCCAUUUUCGACAGCACCGCAUACAGAUCCAAACAGUAAUUCUUAAUCGUAGUGUGUUGUUCGCAAAUCAAGUAAACGCAAGGAAAUCGAAAAUGUGAAAACAGGCCGCAUACGACAAGCACACAUACACACGCACACAGCCACAUGCAUACGCGCACACGUUGACACACGCACACACACAAUGACCCAAAAAGGAUGUCGAGCUGCGGCAGCCUAUAGUAAAUACGUUGUUGUUGCCUAUGUCAAUUGGGCCUGCUUUGUCGUCAUAGAUUGGGUCGAUGAAUGGCACUAAAUGCGGCGCUGGGGCGCAGGAUGCCAUUGCCGUUAUUACGUUUGAAAGAUAACAAAGGGAAAUGAAGACGUCAGCAUCGGAUGAACUGGAAGUGGAAGUGGAUGUCGAACUGCGGCCGGGGGCUCAACAUGGCUAUCUAAUUAGUGAGGAGCAGGCGACGAAGGCAACGCUAUUAACGAUAUAUUUAUUUACGCUGUGAUAGUGAAAUACCAAAAACACCAAAUAAACAAAAGAACAAAACAAAUGAAACGAAAAGAAAACCCAAUAAAAAAAUAAACAUGCCAAGAAUCAAACGCAAUAUUUUCGCUGAAGCAAAUUUUAAUUGAAAAUUGAAGAGAAAGACUAAACAAACAAAAACAAAAACUAAUUCAACAAAAAGCUUUAACAAAACACCAAGCAGAGACGACAGGAAGAAAAACUGUACUAAUAUUAACUCUAAUUAAUCUAGUAAGAAAACUAAAAAAAAAAAAAAAAAAAAAAAAAAACAGCACCAAUUAGCGCUUAACCCGUAGAUGAACUAAUCAAUAUGUUUAGCUAGUUACAAUUUAUACUUAACAAUUAAUUAGUGGCUUUAAUUAAAACACCAAGCAACCAAAAACACCAACAACCAAAAACUCCAACAAAGGAAAAAAACCAAAUCAAAGUUCAAUUGAAAAGAAACUAACGAAUAUACGUUUAGGGAAUUUCAAUAUAGAUAAGCUUAGCCAAGUUACUUAUUAAGUUUAGAGCAAAUAUACACAUACAUAUAUAUACACAUUAUAUAUAAAUAUACACAUACAUAUAUCAUAUGUAUAAAUAAUAAAGAGCCGCCACGCAUACUGCAGCCCCCGCAGCAGGCCCUAAAUCAAAUUCAUUCAGAAAACGUGCCAUAAACCGGACUGCCAGACGUCGCUAAAUGUCAAAGUCAUAAAGAGAGCGAUACAGAGGAAAACAAAGAAAUAAAGGGAGAGAAAGAGAGAGAGUGAGCAAAAGAGUGAAAGAGCGAACUUGCGCGUGCGAGCGCCUAAAAGCACGCCUUCGUGUGGAUAUCAAGUUAAAAGCUCAGCUUUGCUUCUGCUUAGCCAAGACACAAACCUCAAAAUGGCAAACGCCACAACAACUGGAGGAACAACAGCAUCAACAACGCAUCUUGACGAUGCGAGCAGCAUGAGCGACGAUGUUUUCGAGGAUGCGGAAACGACCAAAGCACGCAUCGAGGAGCUGCGCCGUCGCCCCUUUGGCGAUGGCUGCUACAAUCCGGUGGCAGCGCCGGUGUCGCAGCAUCAGCACCAUCAUCAUCACCACCCCAACACCAAUCACAGUAGCAGCCAGCAGAGCUUGACGAGUAGCCAUCAUUACCAUGACCAUGAUGCUAUCAUGGCUCCCGUUCAGCGCUCCGCCACCGGCUAUCCGGGCUAUCGGCCAUCCCGCGAAGCAAUGCAGAUGUAUGCCUACGGCAAUGCGGACUACGAGCUAGAGGAUGACUACGAUGAUGGCUGGCGCUCGUAUCGCUACGACGAGGUGGACAUGCAUCAGACAGCGCCACCAGCCCAUCAGCAGCCCUUCGACGACACCAUCAAUCACAAGACGAUCCUGCUGGGUGACUCUGGCGUGGGCAAAACCUCCUUCCUGGUCAAAUACAAUACGGGCGAGUUUCGUUUGGGCUCCUUCUCUGCCACCGUUGGCAUUGCACUAACGGUCAUAAUGCUGGGCGACUCGGGAGUGGGCAAAACGUCGCUUUUGAUUCGAUUUCGCGAUGGUCGCUAUGUGCCCAGCUAUUUUCUGAGCACAGUUGGCAUUGAUUUUAGGAACAAGGUGGUCGUUGUCGAUGGCACGCGCGUCAAGCUACAGAUCUGGGAUACGGCCGGACAGGAGCGCUUUCGCAGCGUAACCCACGCCUAUUAUCGCGAUGCCCACGCGCUGCUGCUGCUGUACGAUGUGACCAACAAGACCACCUACGACAACAUACGCGCCUGGCUGGGCGAGAUACGUGAGUACGCGCAGGAGGACGUAGUCAUCGUUUUAAUAGGCAACAAGGCCGAUUGCAGCAGCAGCGAGCGGCAGGUGAAGCGCGAGGAUGGCGAGCGACUAGGACGGGAGCACGACGUACCAUUCAUGGAGACAUCCGCCAAGACCGGACUCAAUGUGGAGCUGGCAUUCACAGCGGUGGCCAGGCAGCUGAAGAGUCGCGGCUACGAGCAUGGCGAUGAUGGAAAAUUCAAUGUGCAUGAUUUUGUGCGUGACAAUACAAAGGCUCGGUCUGUUUGUGCUCAAUGCAGGAACAUGUAAAUUGUUUCUCUUCCAGCACAAUGAAAACUUUGCACAAAACCCAUAAAAAAAAAGAACUCACAAAACAAAGCGCAAAUUUGUACAAAAAGAAAAACUUUGCAAAACCCAAAAAAAAAAAGAAAGGAGAAAGAAAUGGAAUGAAUAAUGCCAAAUCGACAGAAAAGAAAGAAGAAAAAAAAGAAAACAAAUUAUUGGUUAUUCAUAGAGCACGCGUGAGGCAAACAUUUUAGAAAGCUCCUAACCGGAAUGUGUUUGUGUGUAAAUUGAUGUAUGAGGAGGAUACAAGUAGAGAGGGGAUCGGAAUUGUAUAAGUGGGCGUUAAAUAUUGGAUAAUAUAUAUACAUGAAUACAUAUACAGAUAUAUCUAUAUACAAACAAGUACAUACUUUAUUUUUUGGCAAGGAUAAUAGAAAAGUCCUUGCAGGAAACGAAGAAACCCAAAUGGCGCAAAGUGCAGCAAAAUCAUGCAUCAUUGAUAUUUGUCCAGCACGUCGUCGAUAAAUCGGGCGCUCUAAUUUGUAUUUAUUAUAACCGCGUUGUGCGAAUCGAGCAUUUGCCACACAAAUUUAAAUAUAGGCGUUAGCUUAUACACAUAUAUUAUAUAAAGGCAUUGCCCAGAAGCAACCAAUCUAGAUUGAACCAAACCCAAUUAAUGAGAAACAAUCACUCAAUUUACCUUAACAAAAACUAUUAAUUGUAUUUAUUGAGACUUCUGUUUUAUUAUGUAUCGUUAAGUGUUAUGCCUACCGUUAAGUUUUAAAAACCUCACACCUAAAUGAAAACGGGAAAAAAUGAUAAGGAGAUCUUUAAUGAUUAAUGACUACAACUAUUUUAAAUUAUUUACACCAGUGAAAAGAAACAAAAAUAAAAGAAAAUUUAACUAUCAAA